GGGGGGCGUGUCUCGCAUUCCGCUAUUCUGACUGUUUACUUCCGUCAAUAUUCUAAGAAAAGCAGAAUAUUAUCAACAUAACAAAGGAACUGCUAUCUCUGGAACAGGUGGAAGAAGAUGCCGUUCUUGGGCCAAGACUGGAGAUCACCAGGCUGGAGUUGGAUCAAAACUGAAGAUGGAUGGAAGCGCUUUGACUACUUCGGCCUCAACUUGGGAGAUAACAUCAAUGAACUUGGCCUGGAAGAGUUGGAUAAUGACAACAAGGAGAAUGUGUAUGUGGGAGAUGUCUGUGAACUAGCUGCCAAGAAGAGAAAAAAGGACCUUUUCAACAACAACACAAAAUCAGAGUUUUUGUUUCAGGAGAAAUGGAUCUACGUUCAGAAGGAGAGCACUAGAGAGAGACAUGGGUACUGUACGCUGGGUGAGGCCUUUAAUCGACUGGACUUUUCCAGUGCCAUUCAGGAUGUGCGCAGAUUCAACUAUGUGGUCAAACUUCUGCAGUUAAUUGCCAAGUCCCAGUUGACGUCUUUAAGUGGAGCUGCUCAGAAAAACUAUUUUAAUGUCCUGGAGAAGAUCGUGAGGAAAGUUUUGGAUGACCAUCAGAACCCGCGAUUGAUCAAGGCCUUGCUGCACGAUCUUAGCUCCACCCUUUACAUCCUCAUGCGAGAGGUCGGGAAGUCUGUGCUGGUUGGCAACAUCAACAUUUGGGUUUGCCGUUUAGAAACUAUCCUAAACUGGCAGCAGCAGCUCAACAAUUUACACAUUCCAAAGCAAGUUUCAAAUGGGAUGACACUGAGCGACCUCCCUCUGCACAUGCAAAGCAACAUCCUGUUUAAGUUUACUGAUGCCUGUGAUAUCAUUAACCUGGGACAAGCCACACCAACAUUGCACAUGCUCAGCGAGGACCGGCAACUGUGGAAGAAACUGUGCCAGUUUCACUUUGCUGAGAAACAGUUCUGCAGGCACUUGAGUUUGUCAGAGAAGGGCCAUGUGGACUGGAAGCUGAUGUUCUUCACACUUCAGAAAUACUACCCUCAGAAAGAACAGUAUGGAGACACUCUGCAGUUCUGCAAGCACUGUAGCAUCCUCUUCUGGAAUGAUAGACACCUGGCUUUGCUCUUUACGGACUCGGGACAUCCUUGCACAGCAAAUGAUCCUGACAGCUGCCUCACUCCGGUCUCACCACAGCAUUUUAUAGACCUCUUCAAGUUCUGAAAUUCAGUUCAACUUCUGAUCUCGGGAACACCUGCAAACAACACCUUUAACCAAGACUGAGCCUGAUUAUACAUUUUCCUAACUUCCACUCUGUGCUCCAGACAAGCCUAUCAUCUCCUCUCUUUUCUGCCAAGCAUUAGAGUUUGAACUUUUGACAUUAUAAUGAAUGAAGGGCUCAUAGAAAAGAUGUCAUGAUGUUAGUGGGGUUUUUUUCCCCCGUGUUGUCCUAUUUUUUUGUUUAGUUUUUUUGUUUCGGUGUUGUUUUCUUCAAGAAUAAAACUGUUCUUCAAGCACAAGUUGAUGGGAAGUGCAAAAGAGCCAGGAGAUAAGAAGGAUUGUUCAUCUAUAAAAGACCAAAAUCCAAAACAAACUUGAUUUCAGGAGAGAUCGGUUGAAAUGAAAAAGUAUGGGGGAUCCUAAGUGGAGGCUGUCUUUAUAUAUGUAUUUUGUUUCUGUAGCAAUGGAAAGCAUGUUCAAAUUUGUUGUAGAUCAAUGUUUACUUGGGUCCUCGUGUUAUUGUGUUGUGCUGUGCGUAUAACACUAAAGUUUACAUUUGCAUUGCAUUUGCUGCACAAAUGUGACUUUUUAUGAUACACUUGUCAAAUCUGCUGCGAGGGCAGAUGACAAAUCUAAUGUAAGCUUUGCUAUUUAUGAACAAAUGUAUUUUAUAUCCUUUUUCUGAACUUUAUAUAGUAUUCCUUUACUAUUUCAGUAAUGUAAAUGUCAUUGAAAUGUCUGAUGUGUUGGAUGUGUUUAGGUAAUCAUGAUUCUUGCAAAUUUUUGAGAGUACCAAAGUAAUUAAAACUUUUCGAAAAAAGUUGUGUCUUUGUAAAUAAUGUAAAAUGCUUCAGUGGCUUGGUAAAAGGCAGGCACAGAUCAUGGCUUUAGGAUAAGGGAUAGCUUGAAGGAGCCAAAGCAUUGCUGUGGGAGUUCAUUUUGUCUAUGACAGCUGUUAUUUAUUACAAUAAAUCUUUUUUUAAAGGGAACUUGCC